GGAAAGUGGAUGGAGGUCACUUGUACUUGCACCCCAAGAUCUCCACAGCAUGCAGACCGGCUGGGGCAGGUUCCUACUCAUGCUCAGCCUCGCGCUGAGUACCAGCGGUUGGAUUGCCGAGGGGGAGACCCCCAGCGACCGGGAUGCCCUUUCCUCAGCCGUUGAGCUGUAUAAUCGGAACUCAGGACUGGAUUCUGCCUUCCGGCUAUUGCAAGUCAAAUCUCCGCCAGCCGGGGAACCUUCGAAUCCAGAUCUUCAGAAGCUGGAACUGACCCUGAAGGAGACCACGUGUCCAAAUUCUCUGGAUUUGAACCUGGACGAUUGUGACUUUAAGGAACACGGGGUGGUGAAAGAAUGUUCUGGAACUUCCUCGGCCCAGCCGGGAUCCCCCGUCCUCCAGAUCAAGUGUGACACCAUCACUCAAGGAAACCGUCGUGUCAAACGGAACGAUAAAGUCCGCAGGUUCUUCAGGAAGCUGAAAAAACGAUUACUCACCGGAGGCGGGUCAGUCAUCGCUCACGCUAAGCCGAUCAGAUUCCAUAUCGCGUGAGAAGAUGCCCAGAUGUUCCCACGCACGCCUGGAAGAAGCCCCCACCCAGUGAAGAUGGUGAGGCGGCCUUCAAAACUGCACCUUCUCCCAAUCUGGUCUUUGAGAGGCCUCCUCCAUUCCUUCAUCUUCUUGUUUCAUAAUAAAACUCCUUAAGUUCUGUU